AUGCAAAGGGGCCGGGCGGCGAGGCGGGACCCCCCCGGCCCUCCCCCGGGGCCGCCGGGCAGCGCGGGCGGGCGGCCGGCGCCGCCCCGCCGCUCGGGGAGCCCCGAAAGUCGGCGGGAGCCCCGGGGGCUGCAGUCGGUGCCCAGAGUGCCCCUGGGCACUCCAUGGCUCGUCACCUUCAACAAUGUUCACCUGUGCUGCACAGCUGUGGCCCAUUGGGGAUUGUCCUCGGGCCCCUGGGGGCUUCGUCCCGGCGGCACAGUGCUCCCCCGGCCGCCGGCGCUGCCGUCGGGUCCUGGGGCGCUGUCCCCCGCGGUGCCGCCCCGGUCCCUAUCGCCGCCGCUGCCACCGGGCCCGGAGACGCCGCCUCCCUACAGGUUGCCUCAGCCCCGAUCUCCGCCGCAGCCCGUGACCGAGACGCCCUUGCUGAAGGCCCCACGACCCUCAGCAAGCCCGGAGAGGCGACCCCCGGCCGGACCCAUCCCGUCCCCGCUGCUGUCACCGGGCCCCAGAGCGCUGUCCCCGCGCGACCUGCCCCCUUCCCGGUCCUUGCCGUUGCUGUCCGCCCCGGAGGUGCUGCCCCUGUCCCGGUCCCUGCAGGCACUCCCUGCCAGCCCCUCCUCAUCGCCACUGCUUUUGUCAGGCCCCGAGGUGCUCGCUUCCACCAGGCUGCCCCCAUCGCAGUCCAGGUCCCUGCAGCAGCUCCCCACCAGGCCAUCCCCAGACCUGCCGAGGGGGUCCAGGGGGCUGACCCCCAAGGGACCAACCCAACCUCGAGUCCUGCGACAGCAGCCGUCUCAAAGCCUGACACUGCCGUCAGGCCCUGGGAUCCUGCCCCCCACCAGGUCCCCUCCACCCCAAUCCCUGCCACAGUCCGCCACUCUCCCGUCCCCAUCCCGCCCCCUGCAGCCACCCCUUGCCAGGUCGCCCCCAUCCCAGUCCUUGCUGCCAGCACAGGGCCCCGCAGUGCCCCAAGCCGCAGAGAGCCAGCCCCCAGCACCGUUGCCUGUUUUCCGGAGCAUCAGGUGCCAGCUCGCUUUAUCGGAGGCGCAGGGCAUCACCCCCUCAGCGCACGAUGACUGUGGGCGGCAGCCCCGCUCCGUGCUCGCCAAGAGCUCCCCCAGGAACGCCGCAAGCCGGGGGCCCUUGGUGCCGCUGGGACAGCGGGAGCACGCCUGGCUGGUGGCAAUGUCAGCGGGCUGCUGGGCUCAGGUGCGGGGGCUCUUUCUGGAAGAGCCAGAGCUGGCCCUGCAGAGGGACUUCAUAUCAGGCUUUACGGUCCUUCACUGGCUGGCCAAGCACGGCGACGGGCCGGGCCUGCAGGAGCUGGCAGCGGCGGCGCGGCGGCUCGGGCUGGCCCUGGACGUGGACGCGCGCUCGGGCUGCGGGUACACACCGCUGCACCUGGCUGCCAUACACGGCCACCAGCUUGUCAUCAAGGUGCUGGUGCUGCAGCUGGGGUGCCAGGUGCAGGUGCGGGACGGCAGCGGGCGCCGGCCGUGGGAAUACCUGGGCAGCUCCACCUCGGGGGAGAUCUGGCAGCUCCUGGAGGCACCCCGCGGCACAAUCAUGUUCCCCACGCAGCCCCUGGCCCGCAGCGUGUCCUCGGUCAGCAAGGUCUCGCCGGCCACCGGCAGGGCAGCGCUGCCCGCCUGCCUCAGGGUGCAGCUCGGCCGCGGGGCAGUGUCACACCAAUCCGGCAGCGACAGCGACUGA